CACUUUCCCUGAUUUAUGGGUAGAUGGUAGAGUACUAGUCUUGGCUGCAUUAGUUGGAUUGUUGUGAUCUAUAGCCUGCUCCUAGUGUCUAGUAUUUUUCUUUCUUUUCCCGUUUGUCAUGGCAAGAGAAACUAGGUCUUCGAAGAGAGUUGGGCAGAACCCCAGUAGUGAACAUCAUAAAGCUGAUGAGAUUGUGUUCUGGAAACCAAAAGACUUCCAAAUCCAACGGGUGAGGAAUAGUUUUGUGAAUUCGAACCGAGUUUCCGUCCAUGCAAUUCCCGAAGGGGCUAAUAUUUUCACCGGCAAAAAUAUUCCUGAAAAUGCCCUCGUGGUCUCUUCUCACCAUCUUAGGUUCUUGAAAUUUCCUCUUCAUCCUAUAUUCCAAAUCUUGUGGCGUGUUACUGGUUUGCACCCUAUGCAAUUCAAUCCCAUUUCAUACAUGCUGCUCUGCGGGUUAUUAGUGAUGGGCAUGAAGUGGGAAGUAUCAUUGGGCCUAGGCGACUUCUUUUAUUUUCAUAGAUGCGGCCGUAUUUUCGAAAAGGCUCUGUUUUUCCACUUUUCUCCUCGUCCACAAAGGAAAGUCUUUGAAGAAAAGAUGGGUAACGUCACCGGGUGGAAAAAUGAGCCGCUAAUGGUUCUUGGCGAGUGGGCAGCGCCAGAGCUUUCCAUGGACGUUCCUAAAGUCUUCUCUAAGGAGAUCGAAUAUAAGCCUUGUUCUAUGGAUUCCAUUUUGGAUGAGUCUCGUAUGACGUGGUUGAAAGAACACGUAUUGCGUCGGGGCUGGAAUGCGGCUCAGUUUUGCUCCAGUGCUGACCUAGAGGACAUUUCUAAUUGUCGAUCAGGACCAAUCUAUUGUUCGUGUCUGCAAUUGUUGGAGCCUAAUCUCCGAGGAGAAAGGCUGUUCAAUCGUGUCGUCGAGUUAGAAAGCAAUUUUCUGACUUCUGAACGCACUCCCACUUUAUUUGCAGAGAGUCUCAACGUUGGAGAUUCCUUUGAAGAGCCGGAAAAUCUUGAAGAGGACGACAUGGACAUCAAUCGCAUAAAAGUUCCUAAUCCACAAGGGAAAAAGUCCAAGAAACAGAAGUUGUCUCAAGCCGAAAGUGAGAUUACCCAUAGAAGCGAAGGAGGACUUGAGCUGCCUCAUACGCCUCAGAUUCAGCCGUCGCCAUGCAAAUCUUCUCCUGGUUCCCUGGUGGCCUCUUCGUCCAACACUACUUUUCAAGGUUCUGGGAACAUGUCACUACCACCCCUGAAGGCUCCAUUGCAGUUAACAUUUAGAAAGGAAGAUGACUCUUAUGUGUUGGAGGGAGAUCCCAUUGCUUUCGAUAAAGAAGCAUGCUUGGCAGUGGCACAGGCCUUGGCUCUGAACCCCGUUGAUCACGAAAGGCUUAUGGGAUUGAGCCAGCGAGAUCUUGCAGCGCAGGUGGCCCUUAGCCUGCAAUCGGCCUCAUCAAUGACUCAACAUCUCUUGAUGCGGACGGAAGCUGCUGAGGAUAGGUUGUGGAGCCUCAUACAUAAGGCUAAGCAAGAGACUCAGAAGGCUGCGGACGAGCUGAAGGCGUUGCGCGAGGUUGUUGCAAAGAAAUCCAAAGAAGUUGAGGACAGGAAUAAGAAGAUUGAUGAGUUGAAUGCUAAAUUGUCAAAGGAGACUGCAAACAGGGCGAAAGAGUUUGAGUUGAACCAGAGCCAAGUUACUAAAUGUUCUUGCAAAAGCUUCCGACUAGGAUGGGUCCAAGGUCAGCAAAAAGAGGAAGACAGAAUUUUUGAAGGGCCUGAUGCAUUCGAUGAGGAAAUGGGGUUGAAGUCUUCUGACUAUGAGUGGAUACAUGGGAUGAGACCUGAGGACAAACCUUCUUCGGAUGAUGCUAAUGAAGCGUAGUUGUUGGGAGAAAUUGCAAUUGCUGGAUCAUCUUAUUCGGCACUCGGUUAUCCUAGUCUUGUCUGUCUGUGUUUUGUGUUCCGGUAACAGACAUUAUUUUGUUUCGGAGGGUAGCACCUUAUUUAGCUCCCAAUGUCUCGUUCUGGACUCAUGUGUACAGCUUCUUGAGCUUGGUAGUUCUG